AUGCAAAUAGCCACCAGCAUGACGACGGGCGGAAGGAGCAUACCAUGGGUAGCCGUACUGGCAAGCCUCUCUGUUUUGUCUAGCGUGACCGGAUUCCAGACUGCCGUACGGCCCACCGCCCGAAAUGCUGGUGGGAGAAGUAACCGGGCCAAUCCAACAUCAUCACCUGACGGCAGUAGCAGCACCGGACUUGCCGCGGCCUCAACAGACUUUGGGGGGAUGUUGGGGGACAAGGUGGCCUCUGCAAUCGUCGGUUCGCCUAUUUAUCCACUUCUCGUGCGGCAAGCGAAGGGCACCAUGAAGAAAAGCGCAGAGGACAUCGGCGUGGAUUGGGACGCAGAGGUGGCGAGGUUGCGAGACGCCCAAGACUGGGACGCGGCUCUGGCAGGGCUCUUGGAAACGUCUUCCGUGGAGGUCCCUGACUACUACAAGAAGCCGUUUCACGCCUAUGCGGACGGAAACCUGUGCUGGGAGGCAGCCUGGGAGCAACACCUUGCUUCCAAGGCGGUCGGAUUCCGGAACUUUCCCGAGGACGCGGAAAGAGGCGAGUACCUCUUGCGUAAGGGGUACGAGGCGCAGAUGGAGCGGCUAGGCGUGCUGGUGGAAGACGGCGGCCUCGUGGUGGACCUCGGGUGUGGGUCGGGCACCAGCACCAGGUACCUGGCAGAGCAGUUUCCCUCCGCUGGUAAGGUGGUGGGAGUCGACCUCUCUCCGUACAUGCUGCUGACCGGGCGAUUCAUGCAGCAGGAGGACGAGAACGCUGACCCUCGCGUGGAGCUGGAAUACGGAGACGCGGCUAGGACUGGGUUGGAGGACAACAGCGCUUCUCUCGUUUCCUUGUCUCUUGUGGUACACGAGCUGUCCACCGAGGGAAGGAGAUCGAUUCUGGCGGAGGCUUUCAGAAUACUCCGUCCGGGCGGGAGCGUUUCCAUCAUGGAGAUGGAUCCCUCGGCCCCGGGCUACAUUAAGCUCAGGAACAACCCGAUGCUUUUUUCCAUAUUGAGGAGCACGGAGCCCUACCUGGACGUUUAUUUCUCAGAGGCGGGCAACAUAGACGCCGAACUGCAAGAAGCGGGCUUCACCACGGUUCGAAAAUCCGGGGUGACUGGGCGGCAUAUGGCGGUAGUCGGCGUCAAGGGAGGGACGUUUGACUUGCGGGCCGACUUCAAGCAAAGGGAGAAGGACGACACCCACCUACAGACGCACAGGGCCGACGUUUGGGUGAAGACCCGUUGA